CCAUCACGUCAGGGAUGUGCGCGAUGUGUGAGUCAGUGUCCGACGCACCAUUGUACGAUCCAUCGAGCGGCGUCGAUCUCUGGAUCGUUGGUAAAGGGGCCCAAGUGCAAUUGUCGUCGACUGUGAUUGUCGCGUGUUCGUUAUGGUGUGGCACGAGGUACUCCAGCUGCUGGUGCUGCAGGGAUUCCUGGCCGUCCUUGUCGCUGGAAAAUCCAUUCCGCGAGUGUCCAAAAAGGAGUUCCAGACACGCGGUCCCGUGGAAGAAAAUUAUCUAAACGGGAAGACAGACCCAUUCAGUUUAGAGGAAACCUAUGACGCGAGUUUCCGGGCGAUCGGCUUCAACGGCACCUGGAUAACGGACACGGAGAUCCUUUAUAUCGAUGGUUAUACUGGUGACAUUCGUAUAUUCAAUGUGACGUCAAAGACCAGCAGACUCUUCUUGGACUCGUCAGUCCUGAGCCCCUACGACAAGCCUACGCUUAGUCUUUCCUACGACAAUUCUCACCUCUUGAUUGGAUACGGUUUCAUGCCUGUGUUCAGACAUUCAGCCUUCGUGAAGUUCGUCGUUUACAGUAUUAAACAAAAAUCUUACACGGAAUUGGCGAAAGGCAAAUAUUUGGCGUUGGCGAAAUGGUCGCCCACGGAGAACGCUGUGGUUUACGUUUUGGACAAUGACAUUUAUUACGAGAAGAUCUCCGAUAGACGCAAUGAUCCUGUACGGUUGACGAACACAGGUGUCCCAGGUAUUGUUUACAAUGGCGUUCCUGAUUGGGUCUACGAAGAAGAGGUCCUGGCCUCCGCUGUCGCACUCUGGUUCUCUCCCGGUGGAGAUUAUCUCGCAUUCGCGACCUACAAUGACAGCGCAGUGAAAGACUUCACGAUCCCGCAUUAUGGGAAGCCAGGCAGCAUGGAGGAUCAAUACCCUAUGGAGGUGAAGAUCAAGUAUCCCAAGGCGGGCAGCUCAAAUCCAUCAGUGUCUCUAAGCAUGGUCAAUUUGAGUAAUCCGUCUGCCGGAUUGAUCAAACUCGAGGCACCAGUUGACAUCAUUGGCGAGGACUACAUUCUCUACACCGUCACCUGGGCGAUGAAUUUCGUGGCAGCUACCUGGACGAACCGCGUACAGAACAAAUCUCAGGUUGUCUACUACAGCGUCUCAGGGUUGCUCUCCGACGACGCAAAGAAGAUGACGAUCCCCAAGCACAUGUACCAAGAAGAACACUCUGGCUGGCUACGUAUCUACCCUGCAGUGUUCACCAAUCGCUAUGCCAUCGUCCUACAGUUACAGGACUCUGGAACGAACGCUGGACGAUUCAUCCACGCGAUGAAAUUCGACUCCGACGAGAGCGGAAAGUUCCUCAGGAAGAGGGACCUGACUCCAGGCGCGGCAGAAGUCAUGUCUAUCGUUGCUGUGACUGAGGACAAGAAUGUUUUAUACUAUUUGGGAACUGGAGUUGACAAACCGAUGCAGAGGAACCUGUAUUCGGUUCCCUUGGAUGGCAGUGAGGCACCUUCUUGCCUGUCCUGCAAUGUCAAAACACCUGAGGGCAACAAUUGCACCUAUGUCUUCCCCUACUUUUCUGCGGAGAAUUCGUAUUACGCAUUGAGUUGCAUGGGGCCAGAUCCAACGGUCGUGAUGAUCCUCGACACUAACCACAAGGUGCUGUACUCGUGGGAGGAGAAUCGAUCUCUGAGAAGGAGAUUGGCCGAUCGUAAGCAGCCACGCAUCCAGAAUCUCAAUGUGAGGGCGAACGGGUACACCAGCAACGUUAGAUUGUAUUUGCCACCCGAUUUUGACGAAAGGAAAUCGUACCCUCUGCUGAUCAACGUGUACUCUGGUCCCAACACCGUCAGGAUCACCGAGGCGAACUCGCACGGUUUCGAGUCCUACAUGACGACCAACAGGAGCGUCAUUUAUGGUCACAUCGACGGUCGUGGGUCCGCCUUCAAGGGCAGCAAGAUGCUGUUCGAGAUCUACCGACGCAUGGGAACCGUAGAAAUCGAAGACCAAAUCGCCGUCACUCGGUCAUUGCAAGAGAAAUAUUCCUGGAUCGAUCGAAAUAGAACCGCGAUAUGGGGCUGGAGCUACGGCGGUUUUGCCACGGCCAUGACGUUAGCCACUGACGUGGAUUCCGUUUUCAAGUGUGGCAUAUCCGUUGCACCUGUGACAUCCUGGAUUUAUUAUGACUCCAUCUACACCGAGCGAUUCAUGGGUCUGCCAACCCCAGAGGACAACCUCGAGGGCUACAAUGGCACAGACGUUACCAGAAAGGUUGAGGGUAUCCGUGGCAAGAAGUUCAUGCUGAUACACGGUACCGAGGACGACAACGUGCACUACCAGCAGACCAUGGCCUUGAACAAAGCCCUGGUGCACGAAGACAUAAUGUUCCAGCUCCAGAGUUACACGGACGAGGCUCACGGGCUAACCGGGGUAUCUCCUCACCUUUACCACACCAUGGACCGAUUUUGGAGCAAUUGCUUCGGCGACUCGCGUGCUCACUGACCCGAAUCCCUUCCGGAUCACCAACCAGGAAAACGUCGGUUUGGUCGAUUGUCUUCCUGAAACCACCGAUGUGAUUCCGUGGGCGUCGCUCGAUCGGCGACCAGCUAAUCCGUGAAUCAGCUACUAGUUUCGUUCCUUGUCGUUCGAACGACCACCUUAAAUCAUUCGGUGGCACCGGCGGGAUCGAUUUUAACACCGUCGAUAUGUAGAACAAAGACGGAGGUCGUCGAUCCUGCCUUUCCGUUGUUCCUAGUCGAUUCUUCGACGAAAACGUGGGGGUAAUUGAGGUUUUGCUCUUCGGAAACGGUACUAGGUUCGUUGGAAUGUAAACGAGAUAUUUUUAUAGAAUUUUUUGGAGAGUAUAAGUAAGGGUACUUGGAAAACUUGAUUAUUUUUAGAGGUAGGAAAGAAUGAUAAAAUUUUAAUAAUUGCUUCAUGUAUGACUUUUUUGGGGUAGUGAAACAUGAUGAUCUUCAUCGACUAUGCAUUUUAGUUAUCGGCAUUUCAGUUAUCGAGCUGUUGGUUCACUUCAGGGUAUAAUUUUAAAAAUAAUAUUCUAUAUCUACA